UUUUUUUCUUAUUACUGAAAAUUUCUCUUCUUUUUUUUAUCCAUAUUUUUAUUAUUAUUAUUAUUUAUUAUUUUUCAUUUACUUAUAUAUCGACAUGGUGACUACUCGUCGAUCGGCAAACCUGAAUGGAAUAACAACUGAAAUGUCUACCGAUCUAAAUGUGAUCAAAAAUAAAAAACCUAAUUCUGUAGCAUCAACGAAAAGGAAAAACUCACCAGUAGUCGUACCUCACUUUGAAAGCGACAGUAGCAGCGAGAAAGAGGAUGAUGAAGAUCAAGUCGAACAAGAAAGUGACGAUAAUGACGAUAGUGAUGAUAGUGAUGAUAGUAGCAGCAAUGAUGAUAGUGACGACCAAGAUGAGGAAGAUAACAACGAUGAUCUAGAUGAUCUAUUGGAAAAAGCACAGGCAGCUUUACGGGUACAACAAGAUAAUAUGAUCAAACUUGAUAAGGACGAUAUGGAUAAAACUGAUAUCAAACUCCCAAAACUUCAACCUGGUGUGUCAGUAGAACAAGAACUUUAUAUUGGAGAAGAAGCUGGUGUUGCAAAACUAUCAACACAAGUAGUGGCUUUAGUGGAUUCUGAAGAAGCAGCAGACCAGGUGCGAAACAAUAACAAAACAUUGAUUGCAUUGAAGAAGAACAAUGUUGAUACCAAAUCAUUAACCAGAAAGGAACGACAACAGGAACGAGAAAAAACGGCUGGAAAAGGUUGGUUCGAUAUGCCCCUGGUAGAUAUGACACCUGAAAUCAAGCGUGAUUUACAAAUACUCAAGAUGAGACAUGUUCUGGAUCGAAAAAGACAUUAUAAAAAGAUGGGUAAGAACGAACUCAAUUCGAAAUAUUUCCAAAUGGGUACUAUUAUCGAGGGUGCUACCGAAUUCUUCUCAUCACGCAUCAAUCGAAAGGAUCGAAGACAAACUAUAGCUGAUGAAUUGAUGGCUGAUAUGGAACAACAAGAUUAUUACAAGCGAAAAUAUGUGGAAGCUCAGGACCGUCAUACUUCAGGUGGUAAAUCACAUUACAAGAAAGUCAAAGCCAAACGUUACUGAAUUCAUUUAUACAUAUAUCAUUAUCAUUCACCAAACAUCAUUAUUAUCUUCAUAGUCUAGUCUAGUUUAUUGUAUAGUUUUAGUAUUUUGUAUUAUCCAUUUUAUUAUUUGUAUUUCAUUAUCACUUUUUUUUUUGUAUCAAUUGUUUUUGAUGAAUUGGGCAUGAAUAAACUACAAAUCUUUUUUUUUUGUCAAA